CCAGUCUUCACUUCCAGUAAAAAAGCUUUGUAGAGGCUUAUAUACCUUCUUUUCGUGAUGGUUAGCAAGCCUCGCUGGCCUGAUAAUUCUCGUAUUUUUCUUGGUAACUUAGUACCACAAGUUCAAGAUAGUGUUAUACGAGCUAUCUUUUCAAAAUAUGGUCCAAUUGCUGAAAUUGUUCUUCACGAAAAUUUUGGAUUUGUACAGUUUGAGAAUCCAACUACUGCCACCUUGGCCAUAGAGAAAGAGAGAAAUCUUACCAUUGAAGGGCGUGAAGUAGUUGUAAGGCUGUCGAGUAACUUAGCUGAUCGAAAAAAAAACGCGCUCAGGGGGAGGAGGGGAAGAGGAGGGCUGUACCUGCGGGAAAGUAGUGCUAUCGAUUACGACGGUUAUCACGAUUUGCAUCCAGGAAGCUCUUUUGGUUAUCAUGGUAAGUUUAAAGAAUUUGAGCGAGAACCGUUUAGGGGUCGCGGCGGUCGGGAGAGAGUUAGAGAGCGUGGGAGGCGCAGGAACCGGUCAGUAGAAAGAUUCGAGAGAAGACCGCGAAGCCGCAGUUAUAACCGGUACAGCCCCAGCCGACGCUCGCGCUCCCGUUCGCGCUCUUUUUCCCGCUCCUCUCGCGCGCGUUCUUUAUCGCGCUCUUUUUCCCGCUCCCGCUCACGCUCGAUUUCCUCGGCGGACUAUUCUGUUGCUGAAUGCCAGAUUAUAUACUACAAAGAGCAAACUGGCUAUGUUAACUACUUGGCGAGUAUUAUUGAAAAAAAUGGUUUGUCUGUUGGGAAAAUUUGCCUUUCUCCACAGGAAAGCAUCCCCCACCAUAUUAACCGGUUGAUAGCUCGUAGGAUUCCCUUCGUGUGCGUUGUUAAUAGCCACGAUGAAAAAAACUCGAGAACUUCCUUAAGCCUUUUAUUAAGAAAGCCAGUGAGAGAUUUGCUGCACAUCACUAUUACUGAGGCAAUAGAAAUUCUGACUUACGAGAUGCGGUUUAUACGCAAGGUCGAGCCUGCGCCUCCGGCUCCUCCGCCGCUUCUUGGCGAUAACCCAAAUGCAGACCCCGAAAUUUCUGCUUUAAAGGAUAUUAACACAAAUCUAAAACGUAUACUUGCCCAAGCCACUAGUGGCCAUCCCUCCGACAUACCGCCUUCCUUUCCGGCAUUGCCACAAGAGCAGCACCCUGGCAUGGCUAAUCCCGCGCCGUUUAUACCCGCGCAUACACCUCUCGCACCCCCCACUUUUGCGUCCACUCCCGUGGGGCCUCCUGUCCAGGCGCUACCCCAGCUUAAGCCUACUUAUCCGUCUCAGAUGACACCUUUUGGGUAUGGACAGCUUUCAGGCCCCGUAUCUGCCCCUCACAUGCAGGGGCAACCGUCCGGCCCAAUGUAUAGUGCUUCUCUCAUGAACUCUACUGGCGUUAGGCCCUCCUUUCAACCUCCCGCUUCGCAGCCGUAUAGUUUUCAACCUGCAUCCUCCUCUCAUCUGGCUGGUAUGGCGCACGGUCGUCCCCUUGCUCAACCAGUUAACGGCGUCGACAUGGCUAACGCCCAGCCGAUUAACUCUUUCCAGAGUACCGCCUACUCGACCAGUGCUAAUCCACCAGUUAAAACUGAGACUCACGGGCCUGUAGACGAAAACAAGCUCUCUCGUUUAAAGGAACUUUUGAACUUUUACCGUAGUUCUAAACCUGAAAUCUUUGAGGGAGCUCACUGAGACAUCCUUGAUACACACCUUUCCAGCGGCAGUUUUGUUGCAUGGAGUGGACUUUUUUUUGUCUCAGCCUUACGUUUCUUCUUAUAAUAUAAUAUAAUAUUUUCGUAAUGUAUUACUAUUUUAUCGUUAUUAUAAAUGCAUCAUCGCUUUGU